UCAUUCAUUCAUUCAUUCAUUCAAAUGAUACUUCAAUAGAGAUUGUAUAGAAUGAAAUCGAUUACAGUAAUUAAUAUUGAUUAUAUUGAUUGAUAUCUUCUUUGGAAAGUGAUUUUGUUUUCUUUUACUUUUUCUUUGAUGAUAACACAUAAUAGACAUGCACACACACACAUAUACACACAGAUACACAUGAAUAUGCACAUAAAUAUGUUUACAUAUUAUCGAUUUUAUAAGGAAAAUCAUGAUCUCUUUAAAGCCUAUACUGAUCAUCAUCGUAAUACAAAAUAUUUCUUUAAUGGUAAUCACUAUGGUGUUGUUAUUGAUGACAAUGAUGAUCAAUGUUAAUUAUUCAUAUACAAUUGAAGAAGACCAGUAUGGAGAAUCAGAUGGUGAGAUAGAUGGUGAUUAUGAAUAUGACGAUGGAGAUGGAGAUGAAACGGAUGUUGAGAAUGAAGAUGGCUAUGAAAAUGAAGGAGUACUGAAUGAUCCACAUUUCUAUAGGAAAGGACAUUAUAAGAAAUGAGGUUUUUAUAUAUCUGGGCAAGACUGAUUACCGACUAGUCAGGAUUGUAUCUUUUAAAAUGUAACAACUAAUAGUUUGAAAUGAUAAAAUAGUACAAUAAAUGAAUUUGCAUUGUUCUUUGUUUUAUUCAUUUAUUAUUUCCAUUUAUCAUAUACAAACAACUAACGAAUCACUACCGAUUUUUAUGUAUAAUUAAGUCGGAAGUACAG